AUGGAGCCCAUCUGUACCUACACCACAACCACAACAGGCAUCAUAUGUGACACCCUUCCAGACACUGCCACAACCUCGCCCACGACCACAGGCAGCAUUCCUCCAGGUGCCUCCGUGAGCCUGGUGAACGGCAGGAACCUGUGUGAGGGACGUGUAGAAAUUUCCUUCCCCGGGGGCCGGGGCACCGUCUGUGACGACAGCUGGGACCUGAGCAAUGCCCAGGUUGUGUGCAGACAGCUGGGAUGUGGCUCUGCUGUUGCUGCAACAUCAAGCAAUGCCUUUGGACCGGGCAGUGGCCAGAUCUACCUGGACGACGUGAACUGUGCAGGGUGGGAGUCCUCCCUCUUCCAAUGCAGCCACAAUGGCUGGGGCGUCCACAACUGUGGCCACAGUGAAGAUGCUGGUGUUGUUUGCUCAGAUGCCCUAAGCAUGAGCACCACUUUCGCUUCAACAACCAUUCCAGACACAACAACCACAACAGGCAUCAUAUGUGACACCCUUCCAGACACUGCCACAACCUCGCCCACGACCACAGGCAGCAUUCCUCCAGGUGCCUCCGUGAGCCUGGUGAACGGCAGGAACCUGUGUGAGGGACGUGUAGAAAUUUCCUUCCCCGGGGGCCGGGGCACCGUCUGUGACGACAGCUGGGACCUGAGCAAUGCCCAGGUUGUGUGCAGACAGCUGGGAUGUGGCUCUGCUGUUGCUGCAACAUCAAGCAAUGCCUUUGGACCGGGCAGUGGCCAGAUCUACCUGGACGACGUGAACUGUGCAGGGUGGGAGUCCUCCCUCUUCCAAUGCAGCCACAAUGGCUGGGGCGUCCACAACUGUGGCCACAGUGAAGAUGCUGGUGUUGUUUGCUCAGAUGCCCUAAGCAUGAGCACCACUUUCGCUUCAACAACCAUUCCAGACUACCACAGCCAGCACCACAACCACAGAUACCACUACUCCAGACACUUUCACAACCACCACCGCCAGCACACUCACCACUACACCAGGAAGUGCUGCAGAGACACAAGAUUUUUUUGUGGUAGCCUACUUUUUACUCCCUCCGGGACAUUUGAGAGUCCUUAUCCUUUGAAUUAUCCAGAGAGAGCAGAUUGUUUGUGGGAAAUACAAGUAGCAAAUAAUUUUCGCAUUAUGCUCACAUUCGAAAGUGUUCAGUUGCUGGGUGGAUGCCUGUAUGACUAUAUUGAGAUCUAUGAUGGGCCACCCAAUACUUCACCUCUACUUGGAAGAAUUUGUUCUACUUCUAAGCUCACAUACAGGUCAUCCUCAAACUUCAUGACUGUCAAGUUUUACGGUGACUCCAAAUAUUCCAAUGGAAGGUUUCGGGCUCAGUAUCAGUCCUUUCUGGUAGACCAGAAUGCCACCCUUGCGUGCUACCCAACCUCCAUGCGCGCAGUUGUGGACAGACACUAUCUCCAGUCACAGGGCUACUCAGUGAGGAGCAUCAGCUUGUCUGACUCCAACUGUAGACCAACAAUCACAUCAACGAUGGUUAUAUUCAACAUUCCAUACAACGGCUGUGGCACGCAGAGAGAGGGCGACAGCGAAACCAUCACCUACUCCAACGUGAUAAAAGUGUCUGCUCCUGGUUACACCGUCAAAAGGCAGAAGGACCUUCACCUCCAUGUCAGCUGCAAAAUGAUCCAGAACACCUGGGUGCAAGUAGUGUACACGGCCAAUGACAUUGCUGAUGUCAAUGAAACCCAGUAUGGCAGAUACGACGUGAACCUGGCAUUCUACAAUUCCUCAUCUUUCCUGUGGCCGGUGCAGAACUUCCCAUACUACGUUGACCCGAAUCAGAAUUUGUUCCUCCAAGCAUCUCUUCACAGCUCUGACCAAAAUCUGAUAGUGUUUGUGGACACCUGCGUGGCAUCACCGGACCCCAGUGAUUUUAGAACAACGACCUAUGAAUUGAUCAAAAGGGGGUGUGUUAAGGACCAUACCUACUCUUUGCACUCCUCACCGCGCGGCAGUGUCGCUCGGUUUUCGUUUAACGCUUUCUCCUUUGCUAAGCAAUACCCGUCAGUUUACCUGCAGUGCGAGCUGGUGGUGUGCAGGCAGACAGACUACUCCUCCCGCUGCUAUCAGGGCUGUGUGAGCAGGCUCAAGAGGAAUUCAGGUUCUUCCCAGGAACGAGUGAAUGUUGUUGUUGGACCCGUGCAGCUUCGGGAAGCUCACGCUGAGAACAGGAACACUGCUCCCUCUAUCCAGCUGGUGAACGGAAGGCACCGAUGUGAAGGUCGCGUUGAGAUCCACCACAGAGGACGGUCGGGGACAGUUUGUGAUGAUUACUGGGACCUUGCCGAUGCCCAGGUUGUGUGCAGGCAGCUGGGAUGUGGCCGGGCCAUUGCAGCUAUGGGAAGUGCAUACUUUGGGCAAGGCUCUGGCAGCAUCCUGCUGGACAACGUGAGGUGCAAUGGGAACGAGAUGUCCCUGUUGCGUUGCAAUCACUCGGGAUGGAGGAUACACAACUGUGCCCACUACGAAGAUGCUGGUGUUGUCUGUUCAGAAGAGGCUGAUGCAGCACCAACAACCACUGUGGCACCAGCAACAGCAGCACUGGAGGCAGCAUUCGAGUUGCCUCUAGUUGUUGAAACUACAACAUUCCCAGAAACAAUGGCAUCUCUAGUGGAGACAACAACCUCAGCAUCAACAGUCCUCCCAGACAUGACGACAUCCCGAGGGGAGACAACCAUGUCAGCAUUAAUAGCCAGCACAAUGGAGACACCAUCAUCAGGGCCACCAACCAGCAUGGUGCCACCGACCACCAGUGCAGAGCUGUCAUUCUCAAAGAUGACCACUACAGUGCCAAUGACAACCCUAGAGACGACAACCCUGGAGAUAUCAACCCUAGAGACAUCAACCCUAGAGACAUCAACCACCAAACCACUAACGACCCCCCUAGAAGACAUGUCCCCUUCACCAGAGAUGACCACCACAGUGACAUCGAGUUCCUCACCACCGAUGUUCACCCAGCUUGAUACAACCACCACAGCAACAUUGGCCACCAAAGCUGAGGAGAGCAGAGCAGAGACGUCCAGUGCACCGGAGACAACCACCACAGCCCAACCAACCAGCACAGCUCUACCACCUUCCACAGCCCCACCAACCUCCACAGCCCCACCAACCUCCACAGCCCUACCAACCUCCACAGCAGAGGUGUCCACCUCAACAGAGGUGACCCCCACAGUGAGAACAGCUACCACAGCAGAGGAGAGCACAGCAGGUGCCAGGCUGCGUCUGCGGGGCGGCAGGAACGGCUGCGAGGGCCGCGUGGAGCUGUACGACGGCAGCACGUGGGGCACGGUGUGUGAUGACCAGUGGGACCUGCGGGAUGCCCAGGUGGUGUGUCGGCAGCUGGGCUGUGGGGAGGCCCUGGGUGCCCCACACACUGCCCACUUUGGCCCGGGCUUCGGUCGCAUCUUCCUGGACGACGUGCAGUGCCGUGGGGACGAGCCCUCCCUGCAGAUGUGCAGGCACAGAGGAUGGGGAGUGCACAACUGUGGGCACGUGGAGGAUGCCAGUGUCGUCUGUGCAGGUGCCAGGCUGCGUCUGCGGGGCGGCAGGAACGGCUGCGAGGGCCGCGUGGAGCUGUACGACGGCAGCACGUGGGGCACGGUGUGUGAUGACCAGUGGGACCUGCGGGAUGCCCAGGUGGUGUGUCGGCAGCUGGGCUGUGGGGAGGCCCUGGGUGCCCCACGCACUGCCCACUUUGGCCCGGGCUCCGGCCGCAUCUUCCUGGACGACGUGCAGUGCCGUGGGGACGAGCCCUCCCUGCAGAUGUGCAGGCACAACGGCUGGGGAGUGCACAACUGUGGGCACGUGGAGGAUGCCAGUGUCGUCUGUGCAGCCACUCGUCCAACCCCUCCUGCUCAAUGGCCACACACAACAGGUGCCAGGCUGCGUCUGCGGGGCGGCAGGAACGGCUGCGAGGGCCGCGUGGAGCUGUACAACGGCAGCACGUGGGGCACGGUGUGUGAUGACCAGUGGGACCUGCGGGAUGCCCAGGUGGUGUGUCGGCAGCUGGGCUGUGGGGAGGCCCUGGGUGCCCCACGCACUGCCCACUUUGGCCCGGGCUCCGGUCGCAUCUUCCUGGACGACGUGCAGUGCCGUGGGGACGAGCCCUCCCUGCAGAUGUGCAGGCACAACGGCUGGGGAGUGCACAACUGUGGGCACGUGGAGGAUGCCAGUGUCAUCUGUGCAGAGACAUCCACCCCACUGGACAUGAGCACCACAGAGCCAUCCACAGCCAGACCAGACGUGUCCAGCCCAGCAGAGGUGACCACCACAGUGACAAUGUCUGCCAGAGCAGAGGAGAGCACACCAGGUGCCAGGCUGCGUCUGCGGGGCGGCAGGAACGGCUGCGAGGGCCGCGUGGAGCUGUACGACGGCAGCACGUGGGGCACGGUGUGUGAUGACCAGUGGGACCUGCGGGAUGCCCAGGUGGUGUGUCGGCAGCUGGGCUGUGGGGAGGCCCUGGGUGCCCCACGCACUGCCCACUUUGGCCCGGGCUCCGGCCGCAUCUUCCUGGACGACGUGCAGUGCCGUGGGGACGAGCCCUCCCUGCAGAUGUGCAGGCACAGAGGAUGGGGAGUGCACAACUGUGGGCACGUGGAGGAUGCCAGUGUCGUCUGUGCAGCCACUCGUCCAACCCCUCCUGCUCAAUGGCCACACACAACAGGUGCCAGGCUGCGUCUGCGGGGCGGCAGGAACGGCUGCGAGGGCCGCGUGGAGCUGUACGACGGCAGCACGUGGGGCACGGUGUGUGAUGACCAGUGGGACCUGCGGGAUGCCCAGGUGGUGUGUCGGCAGCUGGGCUGUGGGGAGGCCCUGGGUGCCCCACGCACUGCCCACUUUGGCCCGGGCUCCGGCCGCAUCUUCCUGGACGACGUGCAGUGCCGUGGGGACGAGCCCUCCCUGCAGAUGUGCAGGCACAACGGCUGGGGAGUGCACAACUGUGGGCACGUGGAGGAUGCCAGUGUCGUCUGUGCAGAGACAUCCACCCCACUGGACAUGAGCACCACAGAGCCAUCCACAGCCAGACCAGAUGUGUCCAGCCCAGCAGAGGUGACCACCACAGUGACAAUGUCUGCCAGAGCAGAGGAGAGCACACCAGGUGCCAGGCUGCGUCUGCGGGGCGGCAGGAACGGCUGCGAGGGCCGCGUGGAGCUGUACGACGGCAGCACGUGGGGCACGGUGUGUGAUGACCAGUGGGACCUGCGGGAUGCCCAGGUGGUGUGUCGGCAGCUGGGCUGUGGGGAGGCCCUGGGUGCCCCACACACUGCCCACUUUGGCCCGGGCUCCGGUCGCAUCUUCCUGGACGACGUGCAGUGCCGUGGGGACGAGCCCUCCCUGCAGAUGUGCAGGCACAGAGGAUGGGGAGUGCACAACUGUGGGCACGUGGAGGAUGCCAGUGUCGUCUGUGCAGCCACUCGUCCAACCCCUCCUGCUCAAUGGCCACACACAACAGGUGCCAGGCUGCGUCUGCGGGGCGGCAGGAACGGCUGCGAGGGCCGCGUGGAGCUGUACGACGGCAGCACGUGGGGCACGGUGUGUGAUGACCAGUGGGACCUGCGGGAUGCCCAGGUGGUGUGUCGGCAGCUGGGCUGUGGGGAGGCCCUGGGUGCCCCACGCACUGCCCACUUUGGCCCGGGCUCCGGUCGCAUCUUCCUGGACGACGUGCAGUGCCGUGGGGACGAGCCCUCCCUGCAGAUGUGCAGGCACAACGGCUGGGGAGUGCACAACUGUGGGCACGUGGAGGAUGCCAGUGUCAUCUGUGCAGGUGCCAGGCUGCGUCUGCGGGGCGGCAGGAACGGCUGCGAGGGCCGCGUGGAGCUGUACGACGGCAGCACGUGGGGCACGGUGUGUGAUGACCAGUGGGACCUGCGGGAUGCCCAGGUGGUGUGUCGGCAGCUGGGCUGUGGGGAGGCCCUGGGUGCCCCACGCACUGCCCACUUUGGCCCGGGCUCCGGCCGCAUCUUCCUGGACGACGUGCAGUGCCGUGGGGACGAGCCCUCCCUGCAGAUGUGCAGGCACAGAGGAUGGGGAGUGCACAACUGUGGACACGUGGAGGAUGCCAGUGUCAUCUGUGCAGCCACUCGUCCAACCCCUCCUGCUCAAUGGCCACACACAACAGGUGCCAGGCUGCGUCUGCGGGGCGGCAGGAACGGCUGCGAGGGCCGCGUGGAGCUGUACGACGGCAGCACGUGGGGCACGGUGUGUGAUGACCAGUGGGACCUGCGGGAUGCCCAGGUGGUGUGUCGGCAGCUGGGCUGUGGGGAGGCCCUGGGUGCCCCACGCACUGCCCACUUUGGCCCGGGCUCCGGCCGCAUCUUCCUGGACGACGUGCAGUGCCGUGGGGACGAGCCCUCCCUGCAGAUGUGCAGGCACAACGGCUGGGGAGUGCACAACUGUGGGCACGUGGAGGAUGCCAGUGUCGUCUGUGCAGCUCCUGCGGCCACCACACCACCUCCAUCAGCACCUUCUUUCUGUGGCGGCUCAAUCUCAGAUUCCUCUGGGGUGCUGCAGAGUCCCCUCUACCCUGGAAGUUAUCCAAACAACGCUGACUGCGAGUGGCAAAUCCAAGUCGAGAGCAAUUUCCGUGUUACACUCACAUUUAGAGAUAUUGCGAUGCAAAGCAGCUCAUGCCAGGAUGACUACAUUGAAGUCUAUGAUGGGCCUCGACACUCUUCCCCACUUCUUGGGAGACUUUGCUCUGGUUCCUUCCCCACAUACGUGUCCUCUUCGAACAUGAUGACCGUUUGCUUUCACAGUGACUCUAGAUACUCCUUCAGAGGCUUUCAGGCUCACUACUCCUCCAUCCCAGCAGAUCACAACACCACCCUUCUGUGCCUGCCUGACUACAUGCACGCAGUGGUGAGCAGGGACUAUCUCCAGUCCCAAGGCUACUCAGCCCAGAUGGUCACCCUGAACGACAAUCACUGUAGACCAACCAUCACCCCACAGGAGGUUGUGUUCAACAUUCCCUACGACGGCUGCGGGACAACACGAGAGGAGAACAACGACACAAUCAACUAUUCCAACACGAUCAAAGUUGCAUCUUCUGGGUACAUAAUCAAGAGGAAAAAGAACAUCAACUUGCAUGUCAGUUGCAAAAUGCUGCAGAAGACGUGGAUGCAAGUAAUGUACACUGCUGAGGACACUGUGGAUGUGAAUGAGUAUCAGUUUGGAAGAUAUGACAUGAACAUCACCUUUUAUGAUUCCUCGGCGUUCUCGCGGCAAGUGCGCGACUCCCCGUACUUCAUUGACUUGAACCAGAAUUUGUACCUUCAAGCUUGUCUUCACAGCUCAGACCCAAACCUGAAGGUGUUUGUGGACACGUGUGUGGCAUCGCCUGAUCCUCGUGACUUUCACACUCUGGCCUAUGACAUAGUCAGGGACGGGUGUCCCAGAGAUUCUUCCUAUGCCACGUUCUACUCCCCUUCCAGCCACUUUGCUCGGUUCAAAUUCAAUGCCUUUGAGUUCAUCAGCCGCCACCCCUCGGUGUACCUGAAGUGUGAGCUGAUGGUCUGCAGGCUCGGGGACUAUUCCUCCCACUGCUACCGGGGCUGCACCAGGAGGUCCAGGAGAGACACGAGUUCUGCCGAGGAAAAAGUGGACGUGGUCGUCGGGCCGAUUCGGCUCCGAGAAGGGGCUGCUCAGAGUGGGAGUACCACUAAAGCCAAAUGAAUUUCUCUCACGUUUGCUGUAAGGUGACUUCAGGCUCCAGGAAAAGCCAUAGCUCUGCAUUUCUGACACCUGUCACUGCAAUCUGCUUUUGCCCAACUUCUCCGUAAAAAGGAAGCUAUCAGCUCCUUACAAACCCACUAUUUUUACCUGCAUAUUUAAAAUGUAUCACUGCUUUGGCUACCCAAAAAGAGAGAUUGCCUAUAACCCAUUUUAGUACUAUGACUCCUUGAAUUGAAUUAGUUCCAAUCUGCUUGUGUAAUGGCACUUGGGGACGUGGUUUAGUGAUGGACUUGUCUGUGCUAGUUUAAUGGU